GGAGCAGAGCCUCCAUGCCCAACCCAGCUCCUUGAUGUAUUGUACACAAUGUAGCCUAGGAAAGCGCGCUGUGGGUCACGUGAUGGUGUCGCGCCUGUCCGGGAUUUACGCACGCGCGUGAGCGACGGUCCACUGAGCCUGCGCAGGGUCCAUCUGGAAAGUACGGUGGCUCCAUACUCCCAAGUACCCGUGUUGUGGAUUAGUAUUCUUCCUAUCAGCCUUUGGCACCAGCGCGGACAUGGACAGUAACGAAGCUUUUUACGAGCAGCUGCGGCUCCAGCAGCUGUACGGGAACCCAGAUACGGAUCACGGUCAGGACCCUUACACCUUUAAGGACCCCUCUGAUGGCACGGAGUAUGAAUGGGACCUGGAGAAGAAGGCCUGGUUCCCUAAGAUAACUGAAGAUUUCCUAGCACUGUAUCAUGCAAACUACGGAUUUGAUCAAGAUAAUAAAGAUGGAUCCGCUACUUCUGAGGCUUCGCAGACCGCCCCAAUUCCUAAAAAACCUUUGCCGAAAGCUGCAGAGAAACCUAAGGAAGGCUCCAAAUCUCAGCCAGAUCAAGGAGAACCAAAGGCAAAAGGGGAGAAAAGGAAAGCAGACCCGGGUUGGUUCAAAGUGGAAGAUCAGCGAAACACAAAUGUGUACGUUACAGGACUUCCUCCCGAUGUCACAAAUGAUGAGUUUGCACAACUUAUGUCUAGAUGUGGCAUUAUCAUGCGAGAUCCUCAGUCUGAGGAAUUUAAAAUAAAGCUGUAUAAAGACAAUGCGGGGAACCUGAAGGGAGAUGGUCUGUGCUGUUAUCUCAAGAGAGAAUCUGUGGAACUUGCUUUGAAACUUCUUGAUGAGUAUGAGAUCAGAGGAUACAAACUUCAUGUUGAAAGUGCAAAGUUCCAGCUGAAGGGGGAAUAUGAUGCCACAAAGAAGAAGAAGAAAAGCAAGGACUACAGGAAGAAGCUCUCUCUCCAGCAGAAACAACUGGACUGGAGGCCGGAGAAGAAAGACAGUGAAGUUAGAAAGCGUUUUGAGAGGGUUGUAAUGAUCAAAAACAUGUUCCACCCCUCAGACUUUGAGGAGGAUCCACUUGUACUGAAUGAAAUUCGGGAAGAUCUUCGGUCAGAAUGUGAGAAAUUUGGGCAAGUGAAGAAAGUGCUUAUAUUUGAUCGGCAUCCAGAUGGAGUCGCAUCCGUAUCCUUUAAAGAGGCGGAUGAAAGCGACGCCUGCAUACUGGCUCUAAAUGGGAGGUGGUUUGGUGGUCGCCAGCUCGCUGUGGAAGCAUGGGACGGUGUAACAGAUUAUCAGAUUGAAGAAACAUCCCGAGAAAGGGAAGAGCGUCUUAAAGGGUGGGAGACCUUCCUGCAGACUGACGAGCAGAAAAAGGCAGCAGAUGUGAGCAGUGAUGGCUCAAAGCCCCCAGUAAAUAAUGGACAGUCUGAAAGCAAACCGGACAAUAACACUGAGCCUGCACAGAGCACAGACAACCACGGCCAGCCAGCAGGUAGUAAUGAGGCCGAACUUGCCGCUGCACAGGGCACAGACAACCACGGCCAGCCAGCAGGUAGUAAUGAGGCCGAACUUGCCGCUGCACAGAGCACAGACAACCACAGACAGCCAGCAGGUAGUAAUGAGGCAGAACUUGCCGCUGCACAGAGCACAGACAACCACAGCCAGCCAGCAGGUAGUAAUGAAGCCGAAUUUGCCACUGCACAGAGCACAGACAACCACAGCCAGCCAGCAGGUAGUAAUGAAGCCGAAUUUGCCACUGCACAGAGCACAGACAACCACAGCCAGCCAGCAGGUAGUAAUGAAGCCGAACUUGCCACUGCACAGAGCACAGACAACCACAGCCAGCCAGCAGGUAGUAAUGAGGCCAAACUUGCCGCUGCACAGGGCACAGACAACCACGGCCAGCCAGCAGGUAGUAAUGAGGCCGAACUUGCCGCUGAUGAUGCCGCAUCCACAGACAGCAGCAUUGGCUGCAGCGAUGACGAAGAAGGGAAAGGACAGUUGUAGUGUCGCCCAUGCUCUUUAGCUGGUUUCCUGUGUUCUAUCAAUUCAUUUUAGGAUGAGGUGUGAUGCAUGCUUACAUUUGACGCAAGUUCAGAAUUCAUGUACAUAUCUUUGGUAGUUUUCUUAAGGGGGAAAAAAGUCUAUCAAGUUAGAUUCUUGGAAUUUAACGAUGGAAAAUAAAGGGCCUUUCUCUUUGUUCGAGUCACAGGCAGUAGAGGAACUGUCAAAUUAAUCAGCCCAUGUAUUAUGUUACUUGCUUCCUAAGCGGUACUCUGUCUUUCCAUCAUGACACCAACCCCAGACCAGGGUUAUUGUAGACCAGAGAAGACUGCUGAUGAAGUGCAUGGGGAUUGGGCUUGUCAGAGGUAGAAAAGCUGGGUCCUGUCAAGCAAGAAAGCAACAUAGGGGCACAGAGUCCUCCUGUACGGAAGUUAAGAAUACAAAAACCUAGAACCUUGCAGCAAAUUGAUAGAAACUUAGUGAGAUGUUUGAGAAUCUGCCAGCAGCCCAAAAAGCUGGAUAAACCUGUUUUAUAAAUUUGUUCUAUAUGAGUACUUUGGUUGUGAGCUAGGGCAAGAUCUACAACCUAACCUGUUAAAGCUGAGUAAGCGAUUGUGUGCGUGUGUGUAAUUGUCAUUGUUGUAUAAAUUGUAUCAUUUUUAUUCAAGCCCAUUUAUUAUAACCCUUUAUUCUAUAAAAAGAACCUAAUUUCUUAACAAAUCUGUUUGCAAAAAAUCAUAAAAUGAUUCAAUGUGUUUCACUUGUGUUUUUAUUUAAUUAAAAGCCAUUCUUGCUGUAGCAGCAGUAAAGAAAAAAAAGACCAGAUUAAAUGUGUUUUAUGGUGUUGAUCUAAAUGUGUACCUCUUGCAUGAAGUCAGUGGAGGCGAUCAUUAUAUUGGUUCAGCUUAUACUUCUGAAAACACAGGAUUUCCAUUUACUAGUAACUAGUGGCCUCGCCGAGGCUUGAUUGCAUAAAGUGAAUUAGUAAGUGGUAUUCUCAUAAAUAAUGACUGAGCCAAUAAAAUAGCGUCUUCCAGUACGUAUAGGCAAUGAGUAUAGUUUUGUUAGAAAGAGGAAAUAUUUUUAUAUUUUGGAAAAUAGUUAUAUAUACAACAUUGUUUGUAGGAAAGUGUUUGAAACGGGGCUAGGGAGUUAGUACACCAAACCUUCAACUCAGACCUCUGUUAUACUAUUGACUGACUCUGGCUCCUUCAUGAGCGGCAAAUAUAUAUUAAUGUAUAUUAUAAGUAACUAAUAUAAUGUACUGUAGUAAACAAUAUUGGAACUGAUUUAGAGUUGAGGCAAAUUGGGUGCAAAUUGAAAAUUAAAUAUGCACAAUAUAAUGUAAAGUUUGUUAUGGAGGUGCAGACUAGCCGAACUCUAAAAUGCAUUGUAAUAAAAGGUCUGGCCAUUAUGUACACGUAAAAUCAUACAGUAUUUUCACUACAUUGUUUGUUAAAAAUUUGCAGUUUGCACCAACUCUAAAUCAGUAAUUAUUAGUACUCUGCCUAUCCCCCUGUAACUGCCAACACAUAUGUACAUGUGUUAAUACAAUCACUGAUAAUUAUAUAUUAUUAUACAUUUUUAUUUUGAAGCUGAAGUCUGUCCAUUUUCUACUGACUCUGAUUCUGAGCUCUGGUAUGAAAACCCACGGCUAUAAUAUAUUGUUCUAACUAAAAUGUAAUUACCAUUUUGUAUUAUGAGCACUAUUGUUAAUUACCUGUGUGCAAGACAUUUUCCAUUGUACUGAUGACUUUUUUCAAUACUUUUAACCCAGUUGUUUUCUUCAAUAUCUUUACAGUUGUACGUAGUCUUUUACAGAAUCUUUGGUUACAAGUGUAUGGAUAUAUUGCUUCCUGCCAUAAACCAAAAUAAAAUCUGUAUAUUUUGA